GGGACAGAGGGACAGAGGCCCCCAGAAAUGCUGUUCCCUGGAUGCAGGUUCCGGGCCCUGUCCUCCCUCUGCUUCUGCGUCCUGGUCCUGGCCUGCAUCGUAGCAUGUCAGCAAGAAGGGCCUGGGGAAACCUCGAGCCCCCCGCCAGAGUCGGCCAGUAGUUCCUGGAGGCUGGUUCCGGGCAAGGUGAAGGAGUGGAUGGAGUCGCUGGUGACCAGGACAAGAGAGAGUUGGCAGUGGUUCUGGGGCCCCAGGGCCUUCCAGGGCUUUGUGAAGACCUACUAUGAUGACCACCUGAGGGACCUGGGUUCCCACACCCAGGCCUGGCUCCAAAGCUCCAAGGACAGCCUCCUGAACAAGGCCUACAACCUGUGUCCCCAGCUGCUCUGCGGGGACAGCUACUGGCAUUAAAGUGUUCACAGCCUCCGCAAUAAAGGAGUUCUCCUCUGUG